UUUUUUUGCAAUAUCUGGCGUUCCAUAGGAAAAAGACGAUGGCGAAAGAAGGAUUCUGACUAGAGUCUUGUUUUGAACUGUGAAAACGCAACUGUGAGAGCUCGAGAGUGAGGCGGUGAUGUACUAUUCGGGUCCAUUUAUCACACAAUGAAGAUACAAAUGAUGUGCUGAUGUGUUUUGAUGGUGUUUGACCCUUUAAUGAAGAAAGAUUUAGACAAUGGAUGAAUCAGAGUCAUCUGAUCCUCUACCAGCCAGAGGAGAAGCUGAAGGUGCUCAGAGUACAGAUGACCCAAUACUAAAAACUAAUAUGCAAAGUGAUAUAUGGGAUGGGGAAAAGAUGGAUAAAGAUCAUACUGUAGCAGAUGGAGAAAGGAGACUGGAUACUGAUCCUUUAGCAGAAGCAGCAAUGAAUAUCCUCAGAACUCAGAAGCAACCUAAAGAGCCUGAUGAAGAUGAUGCCUUCCUGGAUUAUGGAGACAGUGAUAGCAUAGGUAGUGGGAAACAUGUGGAACAUAUAGAUUGUGCCAUUGGUAGUGACCAAAAGCUUUCUGAUAUCUCAAAACAAUUAGAUGAUCUUCACAUAGACAUUCCAGAACCAAUGGUGAAGCUCAAACGAAGAUCAUCGUCUAUUGCAGAACUUUCAGAUGUGGAAGCGACUGGAUCUGUGGAGCGUUUUUCACCUCGAGAGGACCCUGUGGGGUCAGCCAUGGGCUCCUUACCUCUUCAUGGUACGCUUACCAGGGAAGGGGAAAUGGUAUCGUAUGUUGCUGAUGAUCUCCUAGAGAAAAUUCGUCAGAGUGUGGGUUCCUCCCAGUCCACCUCAGGGGCAACAUCUCCUGCUUACCCCACCACCAGUCGGAUGAUGCCAUGGGCAACCACCCCAACAUCAAUGACCUCGUCAUCAUCAUCAGCAACAGAGCUCGGAGUAGCAGUAGGUGCAUCUGCCAUGAUUCCACCAAUAGACCCUGAGGCUAUUCAAGAUCUUGAGAAGCAGUGUCACAUGGUUGCUGAUAAUCUUAAUCUUAUGCUGGGACACCUCUCAAAUAGCUUGCAUAAUAUGUCAGCCAUAACAGUAGGUCACAUACAAACAUAUCGAGAUGCAGUAGAAAAAGCUGGAAUAACAGUGGAUCAUAGUGUAAAGGCAAUGUAUGCUCUAAUGGCCAAAGUGGAGGAACUGAACUUUGCCAUGCCCAUGGUUUAUGAUCUUGCCAAACAAAUUAAAUCAAUCAAUAAUCAACUUGAUGAAUUGGAGAAUCUAUGUAAAUGAGAUUUUCUUGUUACACGUAUCUGGUUAUAUUAAGCUUCCAUGUUAUCACUUGGUUGGAUAAAGAUGGUUUAGUGCCACAAGGAUUAACUCUGAACUCUGAAGAGCUAUAUCAUGGAGCUGUGUCAAGACAUUUGUAAAAUUGUAGAGUUACAGGUUUACUAGACUUUACUAGAUUCAAACUACUGGAAUAUGGUACAUGUAAGCCCAUUGGAAUUCUAAAAUAUUCAAACAUUAACACACAUUGUUGCAAACUAACUUGACCACAAUUUAUUUAAUUAUUGAGCAUUGUAAAACCUUUGUUAAAACAGAGGGAAUUAUUUUGGCUAGCAUUUUAGCACUCUAUAUUCCAGUUGUUGGUUAAGUUAUGUGUAAAUUUACAAAUGUUACAUGUUCGCAUCACCUUCAGAUGUGCAGUGUAUACUAAAUAAAACAUUUGUAGUACGGCUUCAUAGUAGUGCAGUAAAGUUUGAUAUCACUUUUUUCUGCAUUUCAGCAUUUUAAUUAACAUAUUUCAAAGCAUAUUAUUGAAAACUCUACAAACCCAAUUUGACAUGAAACAGUAGCCAAGAGUCUGGCUAUUUGAAUGCCUUAUGAGCCCUAUUAUGUUUGAUAAGUGUAAAUUAGCUUGCUCCAUUGGAAAUGGCAAUUCAUUGCGAUUGAAUAAAGUAAUAAUAAUAAUAAUGUAGGAUAUUUAUAUUGCGCACAUAUCCACCUUGUCAGGUGCUCAAGGCGCUCCUAUAUUACCCGGCUAAGCU